AUAAGUUUGACAUUCGCUGUAAAGUAGUGUAGACAGUGAACGUGAGUGUAGUUUAAUUUGAAUAAAGUAUUUUUAUGUAGUGAAUUUAAGGCAAAACUUUAGACAUUACAAUGGCGACAGUGACGGCCAGCCUGGAGACUCAGAGCCUGGUGCAGGAGUCACGGCACACCUACCAAGAAAUGCACGUGACUGAGACAAGACAGGUCAAGAAGAAGACAAAGUCCAAGCGACAUAAAGACGAGGCGUCUAUAUCAGUGUCGAAGAGCUCAGAGAAGCUGCACAAAAAGCUGAAGGCGUGCAACGGGGAAUCGAACCCGCAAUGCGAGAAGUGUGCGCGACCCGUGUACGCCAUGGAGCGGGUGAAGGCGGAGAGACGCGCCUGGCACAAGGAGUGCUUUAGAUGCGUACAAUGCAACAAGCAACUCACAGUGGAGACAUAUCAAAGUGACCACACAACGCUGUACUGCAAGCCUCACUUCAAACAACUCUUUGAGCCGAAACCAGUUGAUGAUGAAGAUGAAACUGACGCCGCACCCAAGAAACAUCAGAUGAUAAUUUGCGAAAGUAACCCAGUGGAACUACCACCUGAUGUUGUCAGAGCUUCAGACAAACCAGACUUAGGUCUAGAAGAAUUGGCUCAGUUGGACGUGAAGUCUAGAUUCGAGGUGUUCGAACGAGCGGCACAAAAGACCCCCGAGCCUCCUUUGUUGGAGCCCCGCGCACCCAGAGAGAAGUCCUCAGCGCUGCUGUCUAAGAUAGCCAAAUUCAAAGCUAAAGGAAUGGAUAUCGGCGUUUCUGAUGAAUAUUUGAAUGGUGUUGAAGUUGAACACAGUUCUAGUGAACAAGAAGACGACGAUGAUGAAGACUCAGUACUAAAGAAGUCGUACAAGCAGACAAGUUGUCGCGAACAGCCGGUGUCUUUCUGCAACAUGAGCGAGAUAGUUGGCAAGUUCGAGGCCGGGCAGCAUGCGGCUGCAGACAGACAUCGCGAGCGCAAGCAGGAGAUACAGAACAUACGCAGCAGGCUGUUCAUGGGUAAACAGGCAAAGAUCAAAGAGAUGUACGAACAAUCAGUGAUGCAAAGUGAACAGAGUCAGACAUCAGCAGAGAAGAUCUGUCGCGAGCUGGAGCUGGAUGCUGAGAAAGCGCGUCAGAUCAAACAGCGAUUUGAGAAUGGCGCUUUUAAUGAUGAAAAUCAACCUCCAAAGAACAGAGAUAUUGAUGAUAAAGCACUAUUUAAUGAAGGAAUAGCAAAGAAAUCUAGGUCCAUCUUCCUGGAGCUGGAUGCCAACGCCAAGAGUCUGCCUGUCUCCCCCCCACCACAGGAUGUACCCAAGAGGAAGGAGAUUCCAUUCGUACCAAAAGAUGUGGUACGCGCAGCGGACCGAGUUGAAGAUGUAAAGAUCGAGACCGCAGACAUCUCGGACCGGUUCCGUUUCUUCGAGACUUACAGACCGGAGACCGAGCGCAAGGAGUUCAGAAUGACGCCGCCCAGACAUACACAGCGCUGCAAGUCUCCCUCCCCCGAGGUGUACCAGGAGCCGAGUGUGGUGCGAGGGGGGGGAGGUGGUGGAGGAGGAGGUGACGCGGCGCUGGCAGCAGACCGCCACACAGCCUCCCGCAUGAUCAACGUCUUCCGACAGAUGGAGGAGCAGCAGCACAGGCAUGAGGACCAUCAAGGUCCAAAGCCAUUGAAACGUUUCACUCCCCCUCCCCCAGGGGAGGAGGGACACCAGGGGGAGUCCUCAGAGUGCAGCAGCGAGGAAGAGGAAGAGGACAGCGAGGAGGAGCGCAUGCGGGAGUACCUGCAGGCCAGGGAAAGGGACGAGGCAUUGAAACAGGCUCAACAAUUAGCGCGUACUAAGAGUUUCCGUGAACGCUUCGAGAAAUGGUCGGAGUCUGAGCCGGCGCGUUCGCCCUCAGCGGUACUCAUAGAGCGCGAACAUAACGACGAGGACGGUGAAUCACAGCUCGAGACCGCACGGAGUUUGCGUGAGAAGUUUGAGAAGAUGAAAGUGCAGCAAAGUGUCGUCACCAAAACAACGACCCCCAAAGUCAACCGCUUUGUGUGAGAUGUCCCUGCGCUGCUCCGACUGCCUUCAUUUGCCAAAGUGUUUUAUAAUUCUUGUCAACGACGCUUGCCCUCACAAUAUGUGGGUAGUCGCAAAAUUGUCAAAAAAUAACUAUUUUACUGAUUUAUCGAACUUAAGUUUAAUUAAUGAUACAUUUA